CAUCAGUAUAGCGUCUGCAGUUGUCAACAGUUUGUCAAAAACCAAACACUGCAGUUUCUCAGUUAACUUGCUAAAUUCCGAUUAAACUUCAUAAAAUGGUCAAUCUAUUCCAGGUGAGUGACAAAAAACAACAAAACUAUUACUAGCACGUUAAAAAAAUAUUUGUUAUAUACAUGUAUACACCAUAAUAUUAAAUUUUAAACAACGCUACGAGAAAAAAUAUAGUAAUUGUGUUUUAUUGAAGUAUUCAAUUUGCAAAAAUAAAUUUAAAAAGACAUUUAUUAUCACGUAAUACCAAUAUAGUUUUUAAAUUAAAUAUCCAUUGCUAUAUUAUAAUUAUACGGAUUACCGAAUAUUUCAGUAAUUACCUACCAGCCCACUGUUUUACUAUUGUAAAAAGUAAAAUUACACCGAUUCUCGUGAGAUUAUGAGCAUUUAAUCACUAUAAUAUUAUUAUAUUGAUUUAUUGACCAAUUUCUAGAUCGCUGUGGUCGUUUUGAGCGCGCUGACGAUACUGACAAUGGCCGAACACCAAGCUACCUCAUUUGCCUACUACCAUCCAAUAUUUCACCACACCAAACAUCACGGACACGACUACUACGUACGUAAAAUUAGUUGACUGCAAAGUAACUAAUAUUUUUUGACGACAUUUUUUAUUUUUAAAAUAGUAGCUGGUUAUAAAUAUGUAUCGGUGAUCACUCAAUCAUCGUUAUAUUUUAUUCAUAAGUAAUCGUUCUCAAACAUGAUCAUAAUAAUAUGAUCACGCGCUGUGUUUUUAAAACCUACCAAUUCACGUUUGUUUUCUUUUGUUAGAUUAUAAUUACAAUAGUAUUGUAAAAUUUGUUUACCUAGACCAUUUUUUAAAAGAUAAGAAUAUAAACUCCAACAGUAUAAAAUAAUUUCUAAAUAUGUACCUAUAUAAUAUUUAAUGUGAAAUAUUGAAUAGAUAGGCAAAUCUCAUUAUAGGCUAAUAACUUUUUAAUCGUAUUAUCAUAUUCGGUAUAAAAUUCAUUAUAUUGGAGAUAUUUAUCUAAGAGGACAGUUCAGCGUAAUAUGCCAGGAGUGACUGACAUCGCCAAGAUCUAACCUAAAUUCUAUUGAAAGUCCACCGCUAUAAAGAUUUAGUUUUCAUAGUGAUAAUAAUAUUAUGUUUGUAAUUCAUUUUUCUAAACGAAUUUAUCUGCACCGCAAUCGCCUCCCAAGUACGUAGUAAUCAGCUUUACCGAUGUAUUAUUUUAUAAUGCAUUAUAAUGAUAAGUAAUGGCGGAUUUCAAUAUCCACCUCGGUUUUUCUUGUAAAAUGCUGACUUCAUUAUAUUAUUAUUGAGAACUUAGUUUAUCUGGAUUAAUAUCCAGGUAAUGCAAUCAGAUCGAUUCCUCUAGUAGAAAAUAUAGUUUCUGAAUACGUAAGACGUAGGUGCUUAUAUUUUAAAAGAGAAAUUUAGUAGAUAAUAUCUCUAUAUCCUUAUUAUAAGAUAACAAAUUACGGAUUAUCACAUUCAGUACAUGUACAGAAUAUUCAGAUACCACUAAGAUACUACUAGCUUGGGUUCGAUAGACAAUUUAACCCAACAAUGACUUAAUCAUAACGUUGUUUAUAACGCGUUUUUCUUACCGGAAUUGUUUCCAACGCAGUCACCGCCCAAGUACGAAUUCAAAUACGGCGUUCACGAUCCGCACACAAAGGACGAGAAAACCCAAUGGGAGAAACGUCACGAAGACGUCGUACACGGUGGCUACAGCUUUGUCCAGCCAGACGGCCGCAUUCGAAAGGUGACGUAUACGGCCGACAAGCACAACGGGUUCAACGCUCACGUCCACUACGAACAUCACGCUCAACACCCCCAACAUUAUGGCCACCAUCAUAACCAAGAUUCAUGAACUUCCCUAUUGUGAUUCAAUUGAUCUGUUAUAAUUUGUUUACAUGAUAUAUUAUGAAUUGUAAUAAUAUAG